CUCUCAAUACUGUAUAUGUGAAUGAGUAUAGUUUAAAAUAAUGUGUAUAUUUACAUGGUAGAGAAGUAUUGAGCCAUGUGAGAAACACAAAUUAUCAUGUUGAAUGAUAAUUAAAUGACCGCGAUCCAAUAAACUCGCUUGCAAACGUAAUUUUCGUGUCGCUUCUAAAGAAGAAAGAAUUUAAAUGAAUAAAAUUCCUAAAAACCAUUUGUGUGUGUCUAUGUACUCGUUACUUUUUAAUAAUUACUUUUAAAAUGUCUACUAUAUUUACAAUUUUUUUUGUAUCACAAGCAACUACAAAUACAGAGACGCGGCUUUAUCGCCGUAAAGAUAUUAAAACGAAUUAAAAAAAUUCAUUAUUUGCUAUAGGAGCGCAUUUGCCUCGCAUUUGUCUGGAGAAUAAAGAAAGUGAAACAGACUGCAAUAGACUUGGAAGUUCAGAUACUUUGCUUCAAUACAGCAGUAAGAGAGCGUUUCGAUUAAUGUUGAUUGAAAACAUCGGAAACUUUGGAAACAUCGGAAACACGAACAUUACAACAGUUUCGCAAACUCAAGAACCAAAAUGGUUAGAGAUAGACUAACGGAGUUAAUGCAGGUGAAUUGUGUAAUCAAAUUCUUAUGAAAAAUAAAAUCAUUUAAUUUUUCAUCCUCAAAUGGUUCAAUGAAUUCUGAACCAUAUACUGACAUAAUGAUGGAUCAAAAUCCGGCUGUAGAUGCAAUUUUAAAUCCGUACUCUGAUAUUCGCGCUCAAUUAGCACAAAUUGUAGUUAAUUUGGACAACAUGAAUCGUAUGGCACAGACUAUAAACAUUCGUAAUUUCAAUGAAAGCGAAAUGGAUGAACUUAGAAAUCAAAAUUUGAAAAUUGGAAAUCAACUAAUAAACAAAUUCCGAGAGUUUAAAACAAAUCUUCCUGCAGAAAACGAUUUUAGAUUGGAAGCCCGGAUGAAAAGAACUUUAUUUUAUGGAUUAUAUCAAAGCUAUAUAAAUAUUUGGAAUAAAAACGAGGAAUUUCUUCAAAUGUAUGAAAAUAAAUUAAAGAAAAACUUACAGAUGCACACUAAAAUCAUAAAUUAUAAUUCAACAGAAGAAGAAAUUGAAGAACUAAUUGCUAAUAAAACCACAAAUUUGUUCGUUGGUAAUAUAAUUGAAGAAACUGAAAAAGAACGGAAAACUUUGAGAGAUUUGAUGGAACGUUUUAACGAAUUGAAAAAAUUAGAGAAAUCCAUAGAGGAUGUACAUGCACUCUUUCUUCGAAUCCAAACUUUAGUAUUAGAGCAGAGUGAAACUAUUCAACGUGUAGAAUUUCACGCUCAACAAGCUACACUAUUCGUGGAUAAAGGCACUGAUGAACUUGAAAAGGCAGACAAGCUUCAUAAAAAAGCAUUUAAGAAAAAAAUUAUUAUUAUUACAAUUGCAGUCAUUAUAUUAAUUACACUAAUAUUAAUAGCAAUUUAUUUAUAAAUUAUUGAAUUACAUUUUCUAUUGUCGAUAAAAUGAAAAAUGUCUGUAUCUAUAGAAGGUUGUAACUAUAAUAUGC